AUGGAUACAGGCAACUGCAGAGAAAAGCAGCAGAUGCACAUUUAUGCUCCAACUCUAGAAAACUUUGAUGUUGAUGGUGGCAAGGAUGAGGAUAUAUUUGACAUCAAUGAUGCUUCGGGACUAAACCUUUUUGAGGGAGACAUUGACCUUGGUGGGACAGACAGAAAUGCCAUUAGGAAUGAUAACCAAAGAUGGCCUCAUGUCAUCCCUUAUGUCCUUCAAGAUAAUCUGGAAAUGAAUGCUAAAGGAGUUAUCCUGAGAGCAUUUGAACGUUACCGUUUAAAAACCUGCAUUGAUUUCAAACCGUGGGAAGGAGAAGAGGAAUAUAUUUCAGUGUACAAAGGAAACGGGUGCUUUUCUGCAAUAGGAAAUAGUCAUGUUGGCAAGCAGUUACUUUCCAUAGGAUCCAAAUGUGACAAAAUAGGUUCAAUUCAACAUGAGUUACUACAUGCUUUGGGAUUCGUGCAUGAGCAGUCCCGUUCAGAUCGAAAUGACUACAUUAUAAUAAUGAAGAACAACAUUUUGCCAGGCAGAGAGAGCAAUUUCCUUUAUUUUAAUGAUAAGCAAAUCAACACCCUGAACAUUCCUUAUGAUUACACAUCUCUGAUGCACUACAGCAAACAAGCCUUCCAAAAAGGCACAGAACCAACAAUUAUACCAAAGGAAUCUAAGUUCCUUGAUGUGAUUGGACAACGAAUAGAUCUCAGUGAUUAUGACAUUAAAAAAUUGAGUCGAAUUUACAACUGCUCUUCUUCCAAAACCUUUAUGGACUCAUGUGAUUUUGAACUAGAAAAUAUCUGCGGCAUGAUUCAAAGCUCAGAGGAUAAUGGUGACUGGCAGAGGGUUUCACAGGUGUCUGGUGGGCCUGACUCUGAUCACUCAUACUUGGGCAAGUGCAAAGGCUGUAGUUUCUUUAUGCACUUCAACAGCAGCUCUGUGAGUGUUGGAGGAAAGGCGAUCCUGGAAAGCCGAAUAUUUUACCCCAAGAGAGGGUUUCAGUGCUUGCAGUUUUAUUACUACAACAGUGGUAAUGGAGAUGACAAGCUCAAGAUCUACGUCAGGGAAUAUAUGUCAGAUUAUGAAAAUGACUCUCUUAUUCUGAUACAUGAAAUAAAAGAUCAACCCAUUGGAACCUGGCAACUUCAUUGUAUACCAUUAACAGUUACCACAAAAUUCAGGGUGGUAUUUGAAGGAACUCGAGGUAUUGGUACAUCAGCUGGUGGUCUUUCCAUUGAUGAUAUCAACCUUUCAGAAACACGCUGUCCUCAUCAAAUUUGGAAGAUUAGCAAUUUCACAAAAUUGCUUGCCUUAAGGAAGACCAUUUUAAGUCCUCCAUUUUAUUCUCCCACAGGCUAUGCCUUUCAAAUUCAGUUGGAUCUAUAUGAUCAGACCAGAAUAGGCAUAUUUUUCUCCCUCAUCUCUGGAGCCAAUGAUGAAAAAUUACAAUGGCCAUGUCCAUGGCAUCAAGCCACAAUGACACUAUUGGAUCAAAAUCCUGAUAUUCGUCGGCGCAUGUCCAAUGAGAGGAGUGUGACUACAGAUCCAUUUCAAAAAAUUGAUGCUAAAAACUUUUUUUGGGACAAGCCUUCCAAAGUAGGAAAGAAGGAAAUUUUCCCUAAUGGAACAUCAUAUAGCAAAAGUAUGGGAAAAGGAACCACUAACUACAUAACCCACAAAUGGAUACACAACAGAGAUUUUAUCAAAGGAGAUAAUAUAUACAUCCUUCUGACUGUGGAAGAUAUAUCAAAUCUCAUUUACACUGAGCCAUUAUUUAUCCCUACAAAGAUACCUGAUUUUACAUCAAAACCUAAUAUCAGUCUCUGUGCAAACUUCAUCUGUGAGAAUGAUGGCGUCUGUGUGAUCCAUAAUGAUAAAGCAGAAUGCAGGUGUCAAUCUGGGAAAAACUGGUGGCAUAUGGGAGAAAAAUGUGAGAUACAAGCUUCUACCUUGGAUGCCAUUAUUAUAGAAGUUCUAAUUGCUGCAGCUGUAUUUACAAUUAUGCUGAUAGUGACUCUUGUGAGUCUUUCCUGCACAAAGAAGAAAUAUAGUGGAAAGAAUAAUGCCAAUAAAUCGAAUGUCACUUUAAAACAUGUAAGUGGACAAUAA